AUGGCCCAAACCCGCUGGCCCAGCUCAGCCAAAGCAGCCAUAAGCUUCACAAUGGACAACCUCGGCGAAGCCCAAGACGUGAACAAGGGCCUCUGGCCGCCGCACGAGCCAACAGGCCACCACCCCUCCGUGACAACCACCCUCCCGCGCAUGCUCGACUCCCUAGCCCGCCACGGCGUGCGCGCGACUUACUUCGCCGAGUCGUGGAGCCUGGCCGUGUACGCCGCCGCCGUGGCGGACCUGCGCAACCGCGGCCACGAGGUGGCCUGGCACGGCUACCAGCACGAGCCGUGGGCGGCCCAGUCGCCCGCCGACGAGGACCUCAACUUCCGGCGCAGCUUCGCCGCCGCCUCCGACGCGGGGAUCACGUACGCCGGCUUCCGACCGCCGGGGGGAACCGUCAACGAGCGGACGUACGGCCUCCUGCGGCGGCACGGCGUCGAGUACGUGUCGCCGCUGGGCACCUUCGGCGUCGGCGGGGAGGGCGUCGUGGUGCUGCCGUUCGAGUGGCGGGGCGUCGACGCGUUCUACUACAUGGACAAGUUCGCCGACAUCCGGGAGGCGCACGGGGAGCCGAGGGAGUGCCUCGCGCCCGGCGCGUUCAGGGAGUUCCUGCUCGCCAAGAUCGACGAGGUCGUCGCCGCGGGCGGUUACCUGUCCGUCCUGUUCCACCCCUUCCUGCAGACCAGCGAGGAGAGGUUCGCCGUCAUGGAGGACGUGCUGCAGCGCAUCGCCGGCGACCCGGAUAUCUGGUGCGCGCCCUGCAACGAGGUUAGUCGGUGGGUGAGGGAGCACCCGAGCCUCUUUGGGUCGGAGAGUUAGCCUGAAUGGACCAAAGUCGAAUUAAUUGGAGAAUGAAACUCGGAGUGAUUCCCCAAAUUUGGGUACUGGUCCAACAGCCAACCAUUUUUGGUUCUUGGACAUUCAAGGCGAAGGAGGCACGGGAGAGAUUGCAGGCGAGCGACCGGUAUCCAAGGGCAAUUUUCAAUCUUUGGCAGACCUGGAAUGGCUCGCUGACCUUAAUAGAUAAGGUAGAAAUAUUACGAGUGCUGGGCCCCAGAGGCUUUGCAUGGCACAGAAAGAAG